AUGGAAUCAGGAGAUGCACAAAAUAAUGUUGAUGAAAAAAUAGAAAAUGUUGUUUGUUUAUCAAUACCGGAAAAUUUAAUGGAAACGUCCAUAAACACAAAUGGGCCUUUAAUAGAGUCAUGUCAAUCAAAUUAUCAAAUUUUGCCAACGGGAUAUUCAUUUACAAAACAAACGAAAACGAUACAGAAUGCAAAUGAUAAAAUGGCGGCAAGUCCCUCUACUAAAAAACCAAUCACUUUAAAUCAUUUACCUGCACGUCCACCUGUCGAUAUAGAAUUUACUAAUUUAACUUAUUCAAUACUUGAAGGAAGAAAAAAGGGAUACAAAACAAUAUUGAAAAAUAUAAAUGGAAGAUUUUUAUCUGGUGAAUUAUCAGCAAUUUUAGGACCUUCUGGAGCUGGAAAAAGUACUCUAAUGAAUAUAUUGGCUGGCUAUAAAAUGGGUUUUCUCGGUAAAAGACUAACAGGAACUGUUACCGUUAAUGGAAGACAAAGAAAUUUAAGAAGGUUUAGAAAAUUUUCUUGUUAUAUAAUGCAAGAUGAUCAUCUGUUGCCGAAUUUGACCGUAUUAGAAGCUAUGACCGUAUCCGCUAAUUUAAAAUUAGGGAAAGAUGUAAAAAGCUCAGAAAAACAAGUUGUGAUAGAAGAAAUUCUCAAAGCGAUAGGUUUAGUUAAUUGUAGUAAUACAAGGACUUUAAGUCUUUCCGGAGGUCAACGAAAACGAUUAUCCAUAGCAUUAGAAUUAGUUAAUAAUCCCCCCAUCAUGUUUUUCGAUGAGCCAACAAGCGGACUUGAUAGUUCAUCUUGUUUUCAAUGUAUCUCACUUUUAAAAUCUCUUUCGAGAGGAGGCAGAACAAUUAUUUGUACCAUACAUCAACCGAGUGCUCGAAUAUUUGAAAUGUUUGAUUAUUUAUAUGCUUUAGCUGAUGGUCAAUGUUUGUAUCAGGGAGUCGUUUCCGGUUUGGUUCCUUUUUUAUCAUCCAUGGGUUUAAAUUGUCCCAACUACCAUAAUCCUGCAGAUUNNNNUAUUAUAGAUGUAUGUAAAAUAUCUCCACCAGCAUCGACGACAUUAACAGUUCCAAUAACUUGCGUCACUUCUCUCCUCGAUUCAGAUGAAUCUCUAAACAAAAAUCGAAAGCACAAAAUCGGUUUUCCAACUUCUUCAUGGACUCAAUUCUACAUUUUAUUAAAAAGAACAUUUUUAACAAUUAUGAGAGACAAGACUCUUACAAGAAUAAGAUUGAUAUCUCACAUUAUUGUGGGACUUCUUAUAGGUUUUAUUUAUGAAGGAAUAGGUAACGAUGCAUAUAAAGUUCUCAGUAAUUCCGGUUGUAUGUUUAUAGCUGUUUUAUUUCUUGUAUUUACGGCCAUGAUGCCAACAAUUUUAACAUUUCCUCUAGAGCGAACUAUUUUUGUUCGAGAACAUUUAAAUUAUUGGUAUUCAUUAAAGUCAUUUUACUUAGCUAAAACCACUGCUGACGUACCCUUUCAGGUUUUAUUUUCAAUUGUAUACGUUUCAAUAAUUUAUUUUAUGACUUCGCAACCUUUGGAAGCUUCCAGAUUCAUUAUGGUUUUGUGUGUUUCAAUAUUAACUUCAUUAGUGUCUCAAAGCAUAGGAUUGCUCAUCGGUGCUGCCAUGAAUGUUCAGAAUGGUGUUUAUUUAGGACCCGUUUGUACGGUACCCUUUAUAUUAUUUUCGGGAUUUUUCGUUAAUUUCGAUACGAUACCCAGAUAUUUGCAUUGGUUUACUUAUGUUAGCUUUAUUAGGUACGCUUUCGAAGGAGUUAUUAUUUCGUUAUACGGUUAUAAUAGGAAAAAAUUGGAUUGUUCGGAGGCUUACUGCCAUUUUAGAUCACCGAUUAAAUUUCUCGAACGAUUAAACAUGUCGGAAGCUCAAUUUUGGAUCGACGCUCUUGCAUUAGCUCUUAUUUUUGUAUUCCUUCGAGUUAUUUCAUAUUUUGUUUUGCGAUGGAAAAUUUCAUCACGAAGUUGA